UGUGCUACGACGUAGUCACAACUUAUCGUGUUUUCUUUGACACUACGAAAUAUACUUAAUUAUUUUACCAGGCAAUUGUUGUGAUAUACCAUUUUCGGUGGUACGUAUUUAACUGGAAAAUAUCUGUGUGCCGGGAGCAGUCACACAUUAUUGGUCGCAACUAAACUAUCACAAGCACACGAUCACGCACAGAAAUUGUUGAAAAAUGUACCAGAUCGCUGCAUUUCUGUGGAUCUGUGCUUACGUCGAUUCAGCAAGCUAUCAACGAUACGACAACCAAUAUGGAAGUACGCCAUACCCAGCAUACUCCACCUACUCCACGAUCGCGAAUCUCUACGAGUACCCUUAUAAGGCGGGGAGUCGCAGUGACAUAGCAAGCUUCCCUGAAGUCACGAGGUACCCUAACUAUAACCCUGGGCUCUCGACGACUGGGUACAACACUUAUACUACUCCGAGAUCGAAUGUGUUUUACCCACCUGGGGGCAGCAGUGAUGUGUAUGGAGGAUAUGGGCAGGGUUAUAGUUCAUAUGAAAUGCCUUUUAUGAAGAAUUUUAGAGAUUCCUGUGUGAACAGAUCUCCUCAAACGGGUAUAUGGGUAGACAGUCUGAUGGGUAUGUGGUAUGGAGUGGAAUUCAUUCAGCAUCUGGCAGGAGACUCUAGAGUAGACUACGCGAGGACCUGCAUCGUGGUGCAUAUAUCGGAACCGAUGGAUCGGCCGUCGACGGAGAACCAACUAUUCCACGUGCAGCACAUGAAUGCCCGGUUCAGGCACGAGUAUCGACACCUACGGCUAUUGUGGGAUGAAGCGGGACAUACUAUUGAAUACGCAUUGUAUUUCCGCAACGACUCAGCUGGAUAUUGGCAAAUCUUGGACGGACAAAAUGGAACUCUACCAGCUCGACCCAACUACCAGCAGUUCAGUGGUACAAUUCAAGUUUUGAAAGCCGUAAAUGAUCACCUCGUCCUCAAUUUCUGUCAAGAACCCAUACAAGGAAGAUCCGCACAACUGUACUCCGUCCUUUUUUCUCGGGAACCAGGCCGCAUGGCUCGUUGGGAGAUAGAAUCAGUACACUCCAUGCUCCAGAACAAGAAAUUAUCAGUCGCGUCAAGACGGAUGGUAUGUGGCAACAGCGCUGACAGACCUUUGAUUAGUUUCGUUCUCUCUUCUGUUAUGAGUGUGGUAAUUCUUGUCCUCAGUUCAUCUUGAUAGAUAUUUUCAAUAAUCUAAACUCUUUUUUAAUCUUGAGAUGAGGUCCUGUAGAUGAUUGUUGUAUUAGCAUUCGAAUAAAGAGCAAGCUAUACAUUCAGAUGUUACAAAAUAGCCCUAGAUUAAAUAUUAAACAUCUGUUUACAAUCUACUUGUAUAAUAAAUUACAGACAGCAUGAUUUUGACACGUUAAAUCCGUAGGUGCUACUUUAAAACAGCAUCAUCUAUACGGACCUAUAGUGAAGCUCAUCUUAUUAUGUGUUAUUUACUACGCAUUACGACAUAUUGUACUAUGAACCAUCCGUCCUUGAGAGAAAAUUUAAAGAUAAUGUUAUAAUUUUGAUAUUAUCAAGUAGGUAUGUUAUGAAUGAAUAACUUUGAUUCAUUGUUAGCAAAUAAAAUAGGCACCAUCGAUCGGUAUUAAAAAAUCGUGAAAUGUAAUAAGCUAUUCUAAAUAAAUUACCAAUA